GCCACUGAAGUGCUCCAAAAUCUGGAAGAUUAUGAAGGAGUUAUGAAGCAAGUAGCUGACAAGCAAAAAGAACUUUUACCAUUCCUGGAGAGGAAGGCAGUGAUGGAGUUAACCAAGCCACUACAAGAGGUAUACACUCAUGAUUCAACCGCACUGCAGAGGGCUACAAUUGUGUCACUGAGACGACAACUGAAGGCAUCAAAACGACUUAGCCGCCAGUCAAGAGCCCAUGCAUCCCAAGCUAAGACAACGACCAAGAAGAGAAAAAGGCAUCAGAAGGGAGAUUCCACUCCCAAGGCCAAGGCGCAGAUUACAUCAAAGGCUGAGACAGAGAUUGCUUCAAUUAGAACAGAGACCCCACGUUUAGUAACGGCCUGUUCAUUUAGUUGCCAUACUGAUGGGUUGGGUAAACCUCCUGUUGACGAGACCAGAAAACCACUGUACGGAGACGUGUUUGGUACAACAAGUGCCGAGUUUGAGGAUGGUAUAGAUCAGAGCCAUUGGGGCGAGCUAAAAAUAGAAAGUGAAGAAGAAAACAAGACGGAGACGGGUCCUGAUGAUACAGGCCUGGUCACUCAUGCUGAGGGGUUUGUAACCCUGAGUGGAAUGUCAUCAGUGCCUGUUGGCAUGGAGACCCCAAGAAUUAUAAAUGUGCACAGGAUUGAGGACGCCAUGGAUCAGGGUGGAGAAACUCCAGUCCUCUACCAGGUUAUCCCUGAGAAGAAAACUAGUGCUGGAGGGGCCAUGAUGGGCUCCACACAUGUAUAUGAUAUGUCUGCGGUCCCUGUUGGCGCAAAGAUGCCCAGAGAAAAGGGUCCAACAGAGGUUAUUGAGGUGGCCUUGAGAUCGGAGGAGCUUCACCUUGACACGGUAGCCUUCAAUACAGGCGAAGUACAACCAGACGCUCUGGAAACAACAGUCACAUCAGGAGAAAGAGGACAUCAGUGAUAUGGUGGCAGAACAUGAUGCCAAACAGAAGAAACUGAUGAGGAAAAAACAAGAAGAAAGUGGGAAAGCCGUGAAAAAAAAAUACAAGGAGUUUACAUUCUAGUUUUCAUCCCCUGUGACCAAUAACAAACAUACUCCCAGUUUUCAUUUAUCAGUAACAUUAUAAAUUUACAAUGUAUGUUGUAGAUUAGUAUCAAUACUUGAAAAUGUUAUGUACAUCCUCGUGUCAUAGGAAACUCCAUAUAAUUACCACAUUGGAAACUCCGAUUCAUUUCCUCAGGAAAUUCCAUUCUUUGUUGAUAAGUUCACACUAGUACGAUUAAUACAGGUGAAUUUUUGCUGAUGCAGGGACUGUCUACUUUCUGUUGUGAAAUAUUUUGUGGUGGUACACAAACUGUUAUGAAAUACUUGAGGUCAUUUUCUGAAAUUAGGCAUGAACUCUAGGAACAAUACACAGUUAUAACAUAACUUAUAUAACCAUGUUUCUUGAUUAAAAUGCCAUGUGUAUUCAGAUUUUUGUUAAAAUGUAUAAUUCAUUUUCAAAGCAUUUGGUUUUUGUUGAUGAACCCAUUGGUAAAAACAAUAAAGUCACCUUGAAUAAACAA